AUGUCUUCCGAGCGUUCUUGUUUGCGUGAAAAAGCAACGGGCUUUCUUAAAAACCGCGUCUUGUCUAUUGUUGCAUCGGCUUCGGCGUCUUACUAUUCAGGGGGGGCGACGACCGAAAGUACGGAAGUAACAGAGUUGGAGUCUCAUGAGUUUACUGCAUCUCGCGAAGAGUUAAGGGCAAUGGAGCAGCAUUGCAUAUUAAUCCCUACAUAUGCUUUUUUGGAUCCAGAAAGUGAUGGAAUGUGGAGUGUACGAGUACGCGGAUGGGCUUAUUCUAUGCGAAAGAGUCGAAAAAGAAGUUUGCUGCUAGGGGUUGCCCGAAAGGUGACUGGCGUGACAAAAGACGAUGUUCGCAACAGACAUCUCGAAGAACGUGUCGGUAUGUUUCUUGCCAAGAAUCUCCGUCAUCAACACUAUACCGUUGAGGUCACCGGUGUCGCGCAACCCACGCACAUGGAACUGGACUGCGAGUUGGCUUCUGACUACGAAGACGAACAAAACUUUAACAAUGGUCCUCUCACUAUUCUUGACUCUAAAAAUGCAACGCUUGUGGAUGAGGACGAUUUAUCUUCGAGUGGAAGUAGCGAUGGAAAUGGCGACUGUUCGGGAGAGAGCGAAAAAGUCGAAGUCGUUGAAGAACAGGACCUCGCAGAGCCCGUGAUACACGUUACGAGUAAUACCGGCCAUUUUUCUGGGAAGAUUUUGAUUCCCACGGCUAUGGUUGAUAAAUGGAUUGCUGAAAGUAGUGAUUGCAGGAAGAGUAUGAGACUGUUGCAAUUGCAUGCUACUCCGGAAGGAAGGAGAAAACCUCACGUAUCGCCUGGUCUGGCGAAUUUGGUCGAGUUAGAGGGUCUUUCUAUCAUAUCUGACAUUGAUGAUACCAUUAAAGAGACUAACAUUGGUGGUGGUGCACGUGUAGUGCUCCAUAAUACCUUCUUACAUGAGACGAAAGAGGUUCCAGGCAUGGCGAAUGUCUAUAUGAAUUGGUAUAAUCGUGGGGCAUCAUUUCACUACGUUUCCAACUCACCAUGGCAGCUAUUCCCUAUGCUCACAGUAUUCUUUCAUACAAAGAAAUUUCCGCCUGGAUCAGCUCAUCUGAAGUUUUAUAAUGAUUUAGUGAAAGCACUACUAGAUGAACCGCAAAGGAAUAAGAGAGACUCCAUACUGGAGAUAUUGAAAGACUUUCCCAAACGCAAAUUUAUACUAAUUGGAGACAGUGGUGAAAUUGAUAUGGACAUUUAUUCUGCAAUAGCCAAGGAACACCCAAACCAAAUACAUCACAUAUUUAUCCGUGAUGUCUCGACCGAACGUCUCAAGAACUUGCCCGCUCCUCCGGCCAAACGUUCUCGUUCCUUCCCCUUUAUUCCCAGUCGCACUUCGUCCUCAAAUUCUUUCAAAAGCAGCAAAUCUAUGCCAGCAAUUGUAACCAAUCCCAACGCCGUCAGUGAACUUACUGCUUUAGAGAGCCCCGUAUCUCCGAGUUCGGAAGACAUGAGCCCGUUGGAUAGUCCAGAGUAUCACCCUACAGAUUGUCCAAAGACGCCAUUAGAGGAAUUUUACGAGAGAGUGGAAAAAUGCAGAGCUAUGACUCCUAACGGGGCAUUUACGAUGUUUAAGGAUGCGACAGAGUUGGAACAUCAUGAAGCUCUCGAAGCUGCGUUUGAACUAGUGGAAAGAUUGUGA